CUCAAUAUUGCAUCAUUUUGAAACUUGAAUUUUCAAAACCACACUUUAACCCGAACCCGAUAGCCCGACCCAUAAUCCGCAGAUAAAAAACAAGUAGUAAGUACACAAAGACGUCCUCGUUAGAAAUCUUCCGCACACACAACCCAUCAACGAAGAGCUUUUUAAAAAGUCAUUCUCUCCAAAGAAAAGCGCAACAUCCCUGCGACGUCGUUUUAGGUACUCUGGCGAUCGGAAAAUCCAAUUCAAUGGCAAUCGCCGAGGAGAAAACGGACGGCAAAGUGUGGGGUCUCUUUAAGCUCCCCUUCCGGAACUCCCAGUCGGCGGCGUCCGCCUCCUCGAAUUUCUCUCACUACCAGCAGAAUUACGGCCAUGGGAACAGCAACGCUCACCCUCCGGUGGAGGGAUCGGGGGCACAGGGCGGAGCGGGAAGCUCGGUUUCCUCGGUGGCCAGAUCUCUUCUCCCCACGCGCCGUCGUCUGAAGCUCGAUCCUUCGAAUAAGCUAUAUUUCCCUUAUGAGCCUGGCAAGCAAGUCAGAAGUGCUAUUAAAAUAAAAAAUACAAGCAAAUCCCACGUGGCUUUCAAGUUCCAAACAACUGCCCCUAAAAGCUGCUUUAUGCGUCCUCCUGGCGCUAUUCUUGCUCCCGGCGAGAGUAUAAUUGCAACUGUAUUCAAGUUUGUAGAGCCCCCAGAGAACAAUGAGAAGCCGAUGGACCAAAAAAGUCGUGAUAAGUUCAAAAUUAUGAGCUUGAAAGUAACAGGGCCAAUGGACUACAUACCUGAAAUGUUCGAUGACCAUAAGGAUCAAGUGGCUGUGGAGCAGAUACUUCGUGUAGUCUUUCUGGAUGUUGAGCAUCCGUGUCCUGCUCUGGAGAAACUAAAUCGCCAGCUGGCAGAAGCCGAGGCUGAGCUCGAGUCCCGCAAGAAGCCUCCGGAGGACACGGGCCCAAAGUUCAUCGGAGAAGGACUUGUUAUUGAUGAAUGGAAAGAAAGAAGAGAAAGAUACCUAGCUCGACAACAAGGGGAAAUGGUGGAUUCUGUAUGAGUAGAACUUUACUCUGCAAAUGUAUUUCUAGUCUUGAAAUUUCUGCACUGUUCUGUAUGAGUGUAUUUAAGUUGUUUUUUUCCAAAAGGUAUCUCAUGUCAAAGGUUGAGUAAAGGAGAUAAUGGACAGACACUCUUCUAAGUCAAAUGUGACCGUUGCAAGUUGAAUUUGUAACAUGAGGUGUGUGUUACCUUGUGGCCAUACACGGUGUAGAUAUUUGAUUUUGUUUAUGAAAUGAGAUAAUUUCUUAUUUCUGUUUUGAUUUAAUUAAAUUGGAGGGUGAGGACUUAUUUGACUAUGGGCUGACUUCAUAUUUGAUAUGUGUGAC